GUAAACCAUGUCCUCAAGUGCACCAUACGAGCGGCUUUUCCGUGUAUUGAGGGACAACGAAAAUAUUUCCCUUGGCAUCCGUCCAAAGAAUCCAAAUGCAAAUAAAACGAUAGAGGAACAUGUUGAUAAUGGAUCUUACUCUCAGUCCCAAUAUAUAUCUACAUCCGCCUCACGGGAAGCCGCCAUCGACUUUGCUAAGAAGGGAUAUAAUUAUUCACCGGGAUCUCGAAAGAUUGCUGUGAUAAACACAAAUAUGAUGCCGACCAGCGUCAUAUACACAAACCUUACUGAUCCAGAUAUUUUAUAUGAAGAAAUAGAAGAUGACCGCGCACAAAAUUUUGCUCGCAAGUUUGAGGAAGUUGUUAUAGAAGGAUUGAUUCCGGCUCAUUGCAUUGAACGGACAUUUAUCGUAUAAUAUUGAUAGCUCCAUCUUGCCAAAUUAGACCUUUUCUCGUUGAAUUAUACAGUAAAACUUCUUCAGAGCAAUACCCUAUGGGAGACAUAGAUAUUAGAUGCUUCUAAAUCUUAGAGGAGACUCGUUCUGCAGGGGUUACACUGCAUGCUUUAAAUAUAUAAACUUAUAUUUUAAGAAGUUUGUUGUUUGUUGGUUUGUAGCAACAGCUACGUUGUUUCAUUAACAAUAGUUUUUAAAACAAAAAUUUAAGCAUAUAUUUUAAUAUCUUUUGGCGAUAUGUUUAUGAGUAAAGUUGAGUUCAUCGAGAGCAGAAAUAAACUAAAAAAAACUAGUCUUAUUGUUGACAUUUGUGUUCUUAUUCAUUGCCUCAUAGUUUCUAAGAUUUGAAUAAGAAUUAAAUUUUAGUCAUUAAUUUCAAGAGAAAUGAGUACCUUUAUAAACGUAUAUUCAUUAAUAUUUUAUUUAGUUUAUUUUUAUUAAUAGCAUUGUUAUAGUCAUGGAAAUUAUACAAACAGAAUUGUAAGUGUUAUGAUGUUGGUUUAAAAAAUGUAAUUAUUAUGAAAUGAAAAUUAUUGGCUUUGUUAUGAUAUUUUUUAAAUAGAAAUGUAAUUAUUAUGAUAUUUAAUAAAUGAAUGUGAUUGUUAUGAUAUUUAUCCAAAUAAAAUUGUAAUUGCUAUGACAUUUUAACCAAAAAAAAUGCAACUAUUGUAAUAUUUAUUCCAACAAAAAUGUAUUUUUUAUGAUAUUUGUUCAAAUAAAAUGUCAUUUUUAUCAUAUUUAUGCAAUUGAAAAUGUACUUGUUGUGAUAUUUAUUCAAAUAAUUGCUAUGACAUUUUAUCAAAUAAAAAUAUAUUUUUAUGAUAUUUAUUUUAAAUUAGAAAUGUAAUUGGUAUGAUAUUUAGUCCCAUAAAAAUGUAUUUAUCCAAAGAAUUGUGACUGUUAUAUUUAUGUAAUUGAAAAUUAAUUGUUAUCUUUUUCAAAAUAUAUAAACUUCUAAAUACAUGUACAUGUAUAUAAAUCAAAAUAAAAGUGUAAGUGUUAUGAUAUU